AUGUCUUCCAAUCGAACGAUUGAAAUGUUAAGACCAGUUAUGAAAGAUUUCGACAGCAUUGUCUUACCGUACUGGCACAAAUUUGAACAACCACAUCCAUAUUACCAAUAUGCCAUAGGUUUAUUCAUUGCAGUUGUUGGGUUAACUGGUGUGUGCCUUAAUCUAUUAGUCAUCAUAUUUUUUACAAUGUUUAAAUCUCUUAGAACACCUUCAAAUAUUCUGGUUGUAAAUUUAGCAAUAUCAGAUUUAGGAUUUUCAGCAGUUAUUGGCUUUCCUUUAAAAACUAUGGCAGCAUUUAAUAACUUCUGGCCAUGGGGUAAAAUAGCCGCUGUUGCACUGGAUCGCUACUUAGUUAUUGCAACUCCUUUUGAAAGUGUAUUUCAAACAACUCCUAGACGUACAUUAUUGUUAAUGUUAUUUUUAUGGUUGUGGUCUCUUAUCUGGACGAUUCCACCACUUUUCGGAUUUGGACGUUACGUGACAGAAGGAUAUCAAACCUCAUGCACUAUGGAUUAUAUAUCAACUGACCUUAACAAUCGAUUAUUCAACAUUGGACUGUUUGGUUUUGGUUUUUUAUGUCCUUUAUUUUUAUCACUAUUCUGUUACGCCAGAAUUAUUCUAAUUGUAAGAAGUCGAGGUAAAGAUUUUAUAGAAAUGGCAGCAAGUUCCAAAGGCACUAAUCAAAAGGAAAAAGGUGCCAAUGUAUCAUCUUCAAAAUCAGAUACUUUUGUAUUAAAGUCAUCAGCUAUACUGUUAGGCGUUUAUUUAUUAUGUUGGACCCCAUAUUCAGUUGUUUGUCUAAUGGCCCUUAUUGGCUACGCCGAUUACAUAACACCACUAAUGGUUGAAUUACCAUGUUUAUGUGCAAAAACAGCAGCCGUUUGGGACCCAUGUAUCUAUGCUUUCAGAUACCCAAAGUUUCGUGUUCUGCUUCAACGUCAAUUUGGAUUCCUUAGACUAACCAAAAAUAAGACUGAUCAGUCCUCUAGAGGAGAACUCUCAACAAUCUGUCAAAUUGAAGAAUAG